AUGCCGAAUAAAGAAAUUUUUGUCGGCUAUACUUUUUUCCGUCCAGAAAAAGUGAAACGGUAUACGGGUGCAGAUACGAUCUACUCCACCCGAAAAGAAAAGUCCUAUAUUCUUUUACAUGUGGAUUCGUUACAGAAAGAGAAAGAUACAUUGAUGAUUAUUACCAAUAAUAGACAUAUAGUGAAGAAAUAUGAUAAGCCGUUUAAGACUAAUUCAGAUAGGGCUAUUAUGAAUACUAAAUACAGGAUUUCAAAAUACUUAACAAGUGUAUUUUGUGGGUUGCCUAUUGAUUUAAAUGCUAGAAAUAAGUAUUUUUGUAGAAUACGUCAAGUAUUAUUGGAUAAACUUGUAGCGAUAGAAAAUAAAUUAAAGAAACAAGAAAAGAAUAGACAGACUACAACUUAUAUUAAAUUUAGUUAUGGUAAACGAACAUGGUAUUUGGGAUUCUAUAUUUCAUGUUCAUUUUGUAGUAAUGUCUGUGCUUAUGUAAUGUCAAACAAUAGAAAAGUAUGCCAAAAUUGUCGUUCAAAGGUGAUGGUAAUACCUACACCUCCUAUGCAAAAUACGUUUAAAAAUUAUUGUCAAAGUAAACAAAUAGUAAGUAAACGCAUAGGCGUUACUUAUACAAAAAAGGUUUCAAUGGAUAGUGGCACAGGUAACUAUUUAGUUAUAUACUCGAAUUUGGCUAUUAACAAACAGUUCAAAACGAUGAAAGAACAAGAGAAGUAUAAAAAGAGGUUUACAAAUAGCCUCAAACAUCAUACGAAUAAAUGGAAUUACAUUAAUAAUAGAUUUGAGUCAAAGCCAGUAGUUUUCAAACAUCGAUUGAAACGAAGAUGUGAUAUUCUUAAGAAACAUUAUAUAUCUAACAAGGAAUUGGAGUUUCUGUUAGACCAAGUUACAAGUAGAUCAGGCUACAACAUGUUGAAAGAAGAUAUUUUUAUUAACCACUCCUUCAACAGUGAAUAUUUUCUUGAAUUAAGAAAGAAAAAAGAAGCUGCUUUUGAACGUGAAGAUAUUUAG